AUUUUAUUGUAUGACCUUACAUUUUUUAAAAAUAUUUUUAUUGUAGUUGAUGCUGCGACCUGUAUGCCAUGAGUGCUCUGUUUGCCUGUGAGGAACCAGCCACAUGGAGGAGUGUGUAUGAAAAGUACUGGGAUGUAGUGGAGGUCAAGGCCAAAGGCAAGAAAUCUGGAAAGCUUUUGGAGCUUGAAAAGUGGUACCAGGAGGAGCUGCCCUCACUGAUUUCAAGUCGACCCGACGAACACAUCACUCGGUCAGAACUGGUGAAACUGAUGGAGUGGAAACUCACGAGAGGGAAGUUUAGGCCGAGGCUGCAGCAGCUGGUGGCUUCCAACAGUGAAGACGUGGUGAAGAAAUGCUCCAGAAGGGCGUUUGGCCUCCUGCCUGACGUUCAGGCAGCGAUCGCAGAGCUCAGCUCCCUAAAAGGAGUCGGUCCUGCCACCGCCUCAGCUGUGUUGGCAGCCGGAGCUCCACGACUGACUGCGUUCAUGUCUGAUGAGGCCGUGGAAAGCGUACCGGGGCUGGCGCCCAUCCAGUACACAGCCAAACACUACGCCUUGUACCUGAACAAAAUAGCUGCACGAUCUGCUAAACUCAACAAAGUGGACCCGCAGCAGGACUGGACACCCCACAGGCUGGAGUUGUGUUUGUGGGCGAUGACCACAGCCUCGCAGCAGCAGCUCCAACUUCUACAGGAUGUGGAGGUGAAGGGCAGCACAAAGGAGACCUCAGACCCUGACACUGAACAGAGACCAGCAAAGAAGCUCAGGACUGUAUAA